UUUACUGCGACUCUCACUUGAAACACAUCGAAAUUUCUGUUGAAAGAGUUCUGUUCAAAGCAGUUUAAUAUAUUCAAGGACCAUGCAUCGCUGGUUCUUUGCCAAUGAGCGCGAGGAGUGUGACGAGGAGGUGGCAAAGGCCCGGGAGAAGGACAAACUGGUGGAAGUAGAAGAAGACAGGGAGCUGGUGGCACCACAACCCGUACGCACCACAGAGUGGCCCUUCUGCGUAUUGUAUCCCCGACCGCUGCAGGGCAAUGAGUAUGUGGCCAUCACCGGCAAUUGUGAAUCUCUCGGCGACUGGGAUCCCCAGAAGGUGUUUUUGAUGGACAAGAAGAACUGCAGCUGCAGCGAGAAGAUUUGCAACUGUCACCGCAGGUUCGAGGCAAGUGUAAUCAUUCCACGGAAUAUCGCCAUCCACUAUCGCUUCUGUGUGGUCGUGCACAAUCCGGAGACGGACGAGAUCUACAUUCGCUUCUGGGAGUCCCGCCUGGAGUCGCGUGUCAUCCGCACCUGCCAGAACAUGCUGAAGACCUGCGAUAGAUUUGGCCAUCGCGACGACUUUGACACCGAGUGUCGGGUGGAUCGGGGAUGGGCCACCAGCGAGACCUACAUCCACUUCAUGAUCUUCAAUGCGCCGUUCCACUGGCAGCAGCAGUCCCCGCGUCUGCUCUACGUCCACAUCCAGCCGAUGUUCGGGAAGGAACCGAUCUGCCCGGAUGCGCUCAAGGUUCCUGCCCGAAUGCUCAAACGUCUCACACUCAGCAGCCGCCCAUCCGAGCCCCUUGCUGCCGAGGACAGCAGCCAGAAUCUCCGUCUGGGCUACACAGAGGUGGCCAACCUGCGCGACCCGAAGGUGCUCCGCUUCCAGCCGUACUUUGGAGUCUGCUGUGGCCCGGAGGACAUGCAGCUCUACCACUGCUCCAUUGGGAGUCCACAGGAGACGCACUACCGCCUCGACCUGUACACCUUUGCCCACAAGUCGGGCAGCGACGAGCCUCCCUACCACUAUGGCUAUGGCUUCGUGAAGGCGGAUCAGCUGAUGUACAGCGAGGGCCAUGUACUCGUCGCCAUCAUGUGUGCCUCCACCCACCGACCCCUGAUCGAGCUGUGCCUCCGCUACCUGAUCAUCCGUCCACUAUGGAACUUCAAGUGCGAUAUGCGGAGGACGUACGAGCGCUACUGGCGCCGCAGUCGCCUGCCGAUGGACAUUGGCCAUCGUGGAUCGGGCACAAGCUACUACUUCGGGGAGAACCUGGUGCGGGAGAACACUCUCCAUGGCUUUAAGCAGGCCGCUGCGGCCAAUGCCGACAUGGUGGAGUUCGAUGUGCAGCUGACAAAGGACGGCCAAGUGGUUGUCUACCACGACUAUGUGAUGAAGUUCCUCCUGAAGCAAAGUGCCAACUACGAGGAGCUGCUCACCAGCUCCGACCUGCUGGUAUUUCCCUUCGAGAGGAUCAACCGCCUGGUGCUCCUGAUGAUGGGGGGACUCAGACGGACCAGCCACAUUGACGUGCCCUUCGAGGCGUUCACCUACGACCAGCUGAACCUGGUGCGGGUCCUGCGGUUUGCUGCCAACAAGGGGCACGAGGUGCCAUGCGCUCGUAUGCUGCACGAGCAGCGACCCUUCCCUCUGCUGCUGGACAUGUUCGAGGAGGAGGAACUGCCGCAGUCUCUUGGUUUCAACAUCGAAAUCAAGUUCCCGCAGCUGGACAACUCGCGGCGCUGGGAGAAGGAGAGCUCCAAGCCCAGCUUUGACCGAAAUGUGUACGUGGACACCAUUCUGGAACUAGUCCUGCAGCAUGCCGGCAACAGGCGCAUCUUAUUCUCAAGCUUCGAUGCGGACAUCUGCACGAUGGUGCGCCUCAAGCAGAACCUCUAUCCCGUGGUGCUGCUCACCGAGGAUCCCGAGUUCGCUGUCCAGUAUUUGGACAAGCGUGUCAGUGUCCUGGACCAUGCUGCCCACCUGGCCCAUUGCUUGGAGUUCUUCGGCCUGGCCAUGCACACCAACACGGUGCUGCAGCAACCGGCCAUUGUGACCCGGCUCCACCAGCUGCAGCUCGAGGCUAUCGUCUGGGGCAGCAUCAACGUGGAUAUUCUGGUGCGCAACAAAAUGAAAAAGAAUGGGGUAGUGGGCAUCAUCUACGAUCGCCUCAAUCAGCUGGAUCAGCUGGGGAUGGAGCUUCCAGACGGCAAUCUGUGCAUCAUAAAUGAAGACUCUAACCGUCAGAAACUGAAUGAGAUUGAGGAGCAGGAGUGGCGCACUAAGUGCGGCUACAAUCCCGAACAAUAAUUCCAUUGAUGUUGUGUCCAUGUAUUAUU